GCGUGUGUGCAUGUGCCUGUGUGUAUGUGCCCAUGUGCAUGUGCACAUGUGUAAGUGUGCAUGCUUUUGUGUGUGUGUGUGUGUGUGUGUGUGCGUGUGUGUGUGUAGCAAGCCAAACCUCCUCAGAUCGAAUGUGUUUGUUUAAAAUGAUUUCUGAGACUUUCAGACUAAAAACCUGAGAGCAGAAGAGAUUCUACACCUUCAUCCAAACGGAGCGAGGCACAACACGAUGUCCCAUCAGCUGGACAGGACAAUCUAAACAGGCUGCAAAUAUCUAGGUGGACCAAAAAAGACCUCAGAGCAUCAGGGCAGAAACAGAAACCAGAACCAAGAGUCUGAUUUGCUGAAGGACAACCAGACAGAACAUUAUCAGGAGCGUUCUAGUGGACAGGCUGCUGCUAACUCAAACGUCCACCUCCAGUAAAAGAUCCAUUCCACUUUCAGCUUUGAAGACACACAUCUUGUUUAAAUGGUGCAAACAUGAUGUGAACUUGGUCCUGAACAGCUAAAUCAGACGGUGGGAAGGCGUCUGAGCCCGGUUCCUCUGCAGCCAAUCAAAUUGACUGUGAAAUCAGCCUCACAGCGCUCCUUCUGUGGCAGCAUAAGCCAUCAGAGAGGGUGGAAAGCAAGUGUGAGCAGGAGGCAAACAGGAAGAGACAGAAGUGAACAGAGCAGUGAGAGGAGGAGGUUCUGAAGGGGGAGGUGGGUUAAGUCGGAGUAGAAGAGAGGGAGAGGAGAGGUGGAGCUGGGAAAGCACCAGAAGCGUGACAGCGAGCUCACAAACGAAGGCAGAGACACAGCUGCUCACAUCUGGACCAAACCAACAGGAACUUUCCUCUCUGCCUUGAUGAUGAGUUAAAGAGAAGCAGAGUCGAUGCUCGAUGCCUCAUCAUCACAGGGAGCAUUUUACAAAUGCAGCAGCAUCAACACAGAGACGAUGAAGCUGAAGCAGCUGCAGACGAGAUGCCGACUCUGAAAACGGGAGUGGAUGUACAACUCAGGCAACGUUAGGCUGGUGGGACGGGGCAGACGGAGUGAAGACCCGGACUCAAACGCAGCUUCAACAUCAACAGGAUAAAAGAAACUAAAGUUCCCAGGUUCUGGAUUUUACAACCGAGACCUCCCCUCCUGAACUGAGCAGACGUUUGUUGCCGUCCCCUCUCCACAUGGCAGGUGGAGGCAUUCAGCAUUAACCGGGUCGGACCAAGUGGAGCUGACAAAGGAGUGGGGCUCUACGUUACUGACACACAGCUUGUGCCCUGCAGAAGGUCUGAAAGGUUCAUGCAGGAGGACACCAGAAGGUAGGAUGAGCCUGAAGCCCGGUUCUGUUCAGUUCUGCUUACGCUGAGCAGAUGGAAUGAAAAUUGGAUGAAUCACAGAACUCGCAGCAUGUGAGACGAGAAGAAACAACUCCAGCUCUUCUACACUAAGACAGACCAAAGCUGGGAGAUCAGAGCGCGUGCUGGUGGCAUCAUGCUGGCUGCUGCUGGUCACACUGGUUUCUUGCAGGGGGCGGAGUCAUGUUCAGCCCCAGGAGCACCAUCACUCUUGUCCGUCGUUGUUCUGUUGUUCUGUGUUCAGCUGAGUCUGGUCCGGACCAGCGCCUGCCCAUCUCUGUGUCUGUGCACCUCAGACAUCCUCAGCUGCACCGCGCUGGGUCUGGAUCAGGUCCCGGCGAUGCUGCCCGUCUUCGCAGUCACGCUGGACCUGAACCACAACCGCAUCGUGCUGCUGGAGGAUGGCAGCUUUGAAGGGCUUUCUCGACUGGAGAUGCUACGUUUAGCACACAACCAACUGACUAGCAUCCAGCCAGGAGCUUUCAGAAACUCCUCAGCUUCUUUACUCCGACACCUGGACCUGUCGUCCAAUCAGCUGCGUGUUCUUGAGCAGCAUUAUUUCCAGGAUCUCUCUGGACUGGAAGAACUGCUGCUGUUCAACAACCGGAUCAUGCAUGUGGAGAGCAGUGCUCUGAUUGGUCUCAGCAAUCUCCACAAGGCCUACCUCAGUCACAACCGUCUCACGGACUUCCCCUUCUUCAGCAUCCAGAACCACAGCUACCCUCACCUGUCCAUGCUGGACCUGUCCUCCAACCGGUUGCCCAAACUGCCACUGGAGGACAUCACAAACCUGCCCCAGCUGGUUCAGAAAGGACUCUACCUGCACAACAACUCUCUGGAGUGCGACUGCUCCAUGUACGCUCUGUUCAGGUUCUGGGAACAGAAAGGAUUUGGCUCCAUCCACUUCUUUAGACAGGAGCAUGUCUGUCUGGUCUACGGGAUGAAGAGAGGCACCAUGCGCUUCUUUCUGUACAAUCGUUACUUUGACAAAUGCAACCAGACGCUGAUGAGCGAUGCUGUGAAGAAGCAGGACAGCAGUGUCUCUGUGAGGGUGGGGGCACAGCUGCUGCUGCACUGCAUCACGUCUCUGUCAGGAAGCAGCAUCACCUUCUUCUGGUUGGCACCAAACUUUGAGUAUGUGGCACCACCGGGGAACAACGGCUCCCUGAAGAUGUUUGCAAAUGGCAGCUUGGAGAUCUUGGCGGCCCGAGAGCAGGAUUCUGGUAUCUACCUGUGCAUGGCUCAGGAUGAGCAGCGGAACGAAACCCGAGAGGUCAACGUGACGGUGCUGCUGCACCACGACGAGGCCCACGAGCAGUUCAACACAGGGUUCACCACCUUGCUGGGCUGUGUGGUCAGCCUGGUCCUGGUCCUCAUGUACCUGUACUUAACACCCUGCCGCUGUCCUGCCUGUCCUAAGCCCCGCCCCCCACUCACAACCAACCCGAGUCAGGGGAAAGAGGCGUGGGGGGCGUGGAGUGCCCAGUCCUCCAUCCUCUCUGCCACCCCGCCAACUACCACUGAGGGUCCAGGUCGCAAGGUCAAUUCAUCUAACCUCCAUCUCUAAACCAUCAAACUCUUCAAGUUUUUCAUCUUCAGACUCCAUGUCUUCACCUCAUCGUGCUAACCUGCUCCAUCUUCUCUAAGCUUCAUCUUGCUCAGAACUCUGCCUUGUUUCCACUCUGAAGAUGGAGGUCCUGAUCCACAGCAGCAUGUGCAUGUGUGAGACCAAUUUCAUCACAUCACACUGAACGCCUGAUCUGAGACUGAAGGAUGAAAACGUCUCCUGGACGUUUCUUCUGUUUGGAGCUGAAGGGAAAACUCACCACGACCUUCAUCACGAUGGCAGAAACACAAACCUGCUGUUAUCUCUGUGCAGUGCAUGCUGGGAAAUUUACCCCUACCAGUUUAAAGUGGAUUCAGCUAUUGCACUGAUGUCUUUUCAGUAAAAAAUCUAAACUCUGAUUAACCCUAAAAAUAAAUUUGGUCUGUAAACAAAAACA